AUGUCAACAGUUGCCCACACAUACACUACACAUGAUACCUGCGAGUCCAGGUUCAGUCAGUACAGUGAUAGCACACACCUACUACAUCAGUACAAUACAGAGUCACACAACAUGGGCACUACUAUAGUACGCACCUUGGGUAGCAUGAUCGCUAGGCCCUUUGCAAUCUCCUCGCCAUGGGCUCAAGCAGACCUUUUCGGUAGUUUUGUGCGACCCGCCAUCAUUUAUACCAUGGCUGGGCCCGGCACAAGCACAGAUGCUGUCGUCAGUGGCCAUCGGCCCGUGCUCAGACUGCUUCCGCGAGGAGCCAAUUCAGCGACAGCGCGCAUGGAUCGCAUCGCAGUCUCUUCCUCGCACCCGAGCCGAGUCGGGCACCCCCUCCAGAUAGAUGACAGCCUUCAAUCGAAUCUCAACCUUGCAAUCUUGGGAUUUGCGCUUCUGACUUGCUGUCUCAUUGCGGUGGCGAACGUCUGGCUCCGACCUCACACUGUCACUCAUCCAGCCAAAAAUGUCACUUCCAUAGCCUCUUCAGAUGAGCCUAUCCUACUCUCAAGUGAGGCUGUUGUACCACCUGCAGAGGAGCCUGUUCUGCUUGAAAGCGUGGCAGGUCCGCCGCCAGAGAAGCCUCCUGUUCUGCUUGAAAGCGAGGCGGGAGUACCUUCAGAUGAGGUCACAGUGCCUUCAGAUCCAGCCAUUCCACCUUCAGGCCAAGGCCCAAAUGGCCGCCCACCUAAUGUCCCUCUGGUUCCUUCGCCAGUAGGAGGUGAUUCGCCUGUGGUUCCACCGAAGCCUGCAAGGCCUCAAUCACUCCAACAUUCAGACGUCCCACAUCCACCACUCUAUACACCUGACGCCGCUGAUCUGUACCCUGUGCCAUCAGCAGCACCAUCUCUAUCAAAAGCAACGCCACUGCCAACUCAUCCGAUUAGGUACUGGAACACUUCCUCUGCUGCACAGUGCCCUGGUUGUGAACAAUGCACUGGUUGUGCACUCGAGAUUUACGACCCGGUCACUACCUAUUACGAACCUGACAACAUUCUUAAUCCGUGGACCAGCCUAGUCGUUACAGAAACUAUCUUGACACAAUAUGUCACCUACUUUCAUGAGGGAACCAUUGAUACAGUGACUACCGAGUUGACGACACUCAAUAAAACCAAAACCGUUGUCCUCGGAACUAUGAACGAAACCAUUACUCAUUCUACACCCACAUUUCUCAUAAGGCCAACAAUUGGCGUUCUACUUGAAGUGGAGGCGGGGCCCACCUAUGUCAUUCACAAUAAAUUUGUCGGCGGGUUGGACGAACCUGGAGACCAAAGCGCUGGACUCGGUACGGCCCCGGGUAUCGCCUGUCAGCAUCCUCUGACACGUCUUUCAAAUUGGGUACCUACCAAGACUGAGGAUUGGAGUUACUUCAUCGAAACGUAUACGGCGGCACCUACAUCGACUUACAGCGGUGAUCCAUUUUUACUACCAACAAAGUUGAUCAACUACUUCAAAAAGGAUCCGGAAUUCAUGGAGCAAUUUCGUGGUUCCGAUAUUGCGACAUGCACAGUUCGACCCACGCCCAAACCUAGUCAGGUACCUCCCGUGGCACCACCAGCCACAAGGACAGAUUCGAUUGAGCUUCCUCUACCCGCGAACCCAAAUGUACCGUCAUUGGCUACAAGCACAUUCCUUUCGACAACAUUCGCUUCAACAUCUCAGCACGUGACAAGGCAGGGAUGUUUAAGAUGUGAUUACGUAAAACCGUUGGUGACAUCCAAGCCAGACGAUGGUCACCAUCGCAACAACAACAAUAACAACAACUCGCCUCCAGGGCCUACCCCUCAACCAAAUGUGAACCCGGAUCGACCAAACAAUCAUUCCAACAACAACCUUAAUAGCCCGAACAACAACUCAAAUAAGCCCAACAACUCAAACAAUUCGAACAACUCGAAUAAGCCCAACAACUCGAACAACUCGAACAACUCGAACAACUCGAACAACUCGAACAACUCGAACAACUCGAACAAGCCCAAUAACCCCAACAACCCCAACAACCCCAACAACCCCAACAACCCCAACAACCCCAACAACUCGGACAACUCGGACAACUCGGACAACUCGGACAACAAUCCAAACAACAAUCCAAGCAACAUUCCAAACAACAAUUCAAACAAUCGGCCAAGGCCAAAUGAUGAAUCGCAACAAACACAAGAACCAAGGAUCACAAUUGGCAACCAAAUCUUCCCGAUCCAAACCCCGAAACCAAUACAGAAUACCGACCCGGCACAGAGCAACAUGCCAUGGGUUCCCAUGAUCGCUAUCGGACCAGAGACAUUCAAGCCAGGGGAGACUAAGACAAUCAAUGGUGUACCUGUCGUUGCUCCCUCGCCUAAUGGUGGAUCAGAGAUCAUCGUAGACGGCCACACAAUCCCCUACAACACCCAGCCGAAACCCACAGGCCCGUCCGUUCUCACCGUUGGAGAUGAAAGAAUCACGGCAAACCCCCAAGGGCAGUUCAUCGUCGGUACCGCAACAUUGAAGCCUGGCGGUCCCGCCAUCGUCGUCGACGGGAGCACAAUCAGCCUCGUGCCCAGCGGUCCCAUCGCGAUCAUGAAUGACGUCACACAAACCCUGCAAAAUGCCCCUGCAGCAACUCCAGCACCAGCUCUCAUUCUCGCAAAUGGAGACAUGGUCCUUGUGACCACGGUCAACGGUCAAGUAGCCUACAUCCUAUCCCCAGACCAGACUUUGCUUCCCGGCAACAAGAUUACAGUCUCAGGCACAACCUACUCGCUCCCCAUCUCAGGAUCCGAAAACAUCAUCGUGGUCAAUGGGCAAGUCACAACACUCGCAGCCUUAGAUGCCUAUGUGACUGCUGCACCCGUGCUCACUAUCAAUGACAACACGUACCUGGCCCAGGUAAGAGAUGGAACCACCGAAUACGUUCUCGCGCCUGGAAAGACGCUUCAGCCAGGGCAAGCGGUUACAAUGAACGGAACAACGUACAGUCUUGAUAGUGUGGGCACGGCGCUCAUGGUGGAUGGACAAUCGAGUACCAUUGCUUUGACGAGGGUACCGGCGAGCACGAAUGCGCAGACGACCUCUACAAAUGGAGCGAGCUCCACCACUGCUGGUAGGGACAUGGGCGAUUGGAUAGCAAGUGGGAUUGGACAAGGGAGGAGUAGCAGUAGUUGGGCAGCGGGUGUGCCCGCCAGGGGCCGGGGAGUAGAGGGAUGGUUGGAGGGGCUUCUUAUGGGGCUUGCAGGGUGGAUCAUGUGCUUGCUGUGA